CUGAAUCAAGAUGGCGCCGCCGGCUGGAGCUCCUCCCGCGCCCUCCCCGCCGCCCGAGCCGGAAGUGCGUCUGCGCCUGGCGGCCGGCGGCGCUCGGCGGCUGCGUUAAAGCGCCGGGCCGGCGGCGGGGAGAUGGCGGCAGCCGCGGACCUGCAGGCCAAGUACCAGAAGCUGGCUCAGGAGUACUCCAAGCUUCGUGCUCAAAACCAAGUGCUGAAGAAAGGAGUUGUAGAUGAGCAAGCAAACUCUGCCUCUCUGAAGGAGCAACUGAAGAUGAAGGAUCAAUCGCUGAGAAAGCUGCAACAAGAAAUGGACAGUUUGACUUUUCGAAAUCAGCAGCUUGCCAAGAGGGUGGAGUUACUUCAAGAUGAACUUGCACUAAGUGAAGCUAGGGGCAAGAAGAACAAGAAAAGUGUAGAAUCUGCCUCUCAUUUGAGUCAAGAGCAGAAAAGUGUCUUCAAUGAAGAUCUUCAGAAGAAGAUAGAAGAGAAUGAACGAUUACAUAUACUUUUCUUUGAAGCAGAUGAACAGCACAAACGUUUAGAAGCAGAGCUAAGAAGUAGACUUGAGGUUUUGGAAACUGAUGCUGCCCAGCACCAAGCGGUUGUGGACAGUUUAACUAGGAAACACACUGAUACCAUAGAAAAGCUGCAGAAUGAUAAAGCCAAACUAGAAAUCAAGUCUCAGACACUAGAAAGAGAAGCUAAGGACUGUAGGCUUCGAACUGAAGAAUGCCAGCAACAGUUAAAGAAUCUUCAAGCAGCUUUGGGCAGUAGACUGGAAGAAUCUCUAUGCAUAAUCAAUGAGAAAGUACCUUUUAAUGACACAAGAUCUAAUCAGUACAACGCUCUGAAUGUACCAUCACACAACAGAAGAAAUCAGCUGAAGUUACGAGACCUGGCUGGCCAGGCUCUGGCUUUCAUUCAAGAACUUGUUACAGCUCUCUUGAACUUCCACACAUACACUGAGCAGAAGGUGCAAAUCUUUCCCAUUGACUCUGCAACGGACACCAUAUCGCCGUUAAACCAGAAGUUUUCACAGUAUCUUCAUGAAAAUGCUUCCUAUGUUCGUCCUCUGGAGGAAGGAAUGCUUCACUUGUUUGAGAGCAUUACAGAAGAUACUGUGACAGUCCUGGAAACAGCUGUGAAAUUGAAGGCUUUCUCAGAACACUUAGCUUCCUACUUAAAUUUUUUAAGAAAAAUUCUUCCUUAUCAAUUAAAAAGUUUGGAAGAAGAGUGUGAGUCUUCUCUCUGCACAGCUGCUUUAAGAGCUAAAAAUAUGGAGCUACAUAGAGACAUGAAAAGGUUGACUGCAGUCUUUGAGAAGUUAAAUACAUACAUUAGUCUUCUGGUGUUACCAAGUACAAAACCAGAAGGGCUUCUUAGGACAAAUUACAACUUGGUGUUUACAAACAUUGCUGCAAGUCUUCACGGAUUUCAUGAUGUUUUAAAAGAUAUUUCCAAGCAUUAUAGUCAGAAAGCCACUUUAGAACAAGAUGUUCCAACUGCCACACAGAAACUCAUAACUACAAAUGACUGCGUUUUAUCUUCUCUUGUGGCUUUAACAAAUGGAGUGGGCAAGAUUACCUCAUUCUUUAACAACAACUUGGAUCACUUCACUGCUUCAUUGAGCUACGGCCCUAAAGGAGGAACAGAAUUCAUCAGCCCUCUUUCAGCUGAGUGUAUGCUGCAGUACAAGAAGAAGGCAGUUGCUUACAUGAAGUCUUUGAAGAAGCCUUGUGCAGAUUCAGUGCCUUAUGAAGAAGCUUUAGCCAAUCGCAGAAUCCUUCUGAGUUCCACAGAAAGCAGAGAAGGUCUUUCACAACAGGUUCAACAGAGUUUGGAGAAAAUUGCAAAACUUGAACAAGAAAAAGAACACUGGAUGUUGGAGGCCCAGUUGGCUAAAAUAAAGCUAGAGAAAGAAAACCAAAAACUGAAGAACUCCCUUAGUGGACAUCUAAUUGAAACUAUACAAGAGCAUUCUAUUUUGCCAAGUGCAGCUGAAGGAAAGAAGGAAACAACAGAAAAGAGUCUGAGGGACCCUAUUAAGAGUACUAGUCUGAUUGGAAUGUUGACUGUAACUACUGAUAGUGAAAAGGCUCCAGAUGUUGAAUCUCGUGAGGACUUGAUAAAAAACCACUAUAUGGCAAGGAUAGCAGAGCUUACAUCCCAUCUGCAGCUUGCUGACAGCAAAUCAGUACACUUUCAUGCUGAGUGUCGUGCACUUGCCAAGAGACUGUCUUUAGCGGAGAAGUCCAAGGAAUCACUCACAGAAGAGCUGAAAGUAGCUAGUCAAAACAUCAGUAGAUUACAGGAUGAACUGAUGACAACAAAGAGGAGCUAUGAGGAUCAGUUAAGUAUGAUGAGUGACCAUCUCUGCAGUAUGAAUGAAACCUUAACUAAACAAAGGGAAGAAAUUGAUACACUAAAGAUGGCUAUUAAGGGAAAUUCUAAGAAGAACAAAAAUCGAUAGCUCACAGCUGAUUAACAGCCUUCAGAAGCUGCUGCUACACAGGAUUUGUUAUCCAAGUCCUUCUUCCAGGAAGCAGGGGGUCACCAUUGGUCUAGUAACAAACUGUUUUGGUGCUGUAAAUGGCUUUAAAAUAUGUAGAACGUAGAUAAAACAGAACUUCAUGUUGGCUCUAAACCACUCUCUGGAUAAUUUAUAUAGUAAUUACCUUCAGUUUUUACUGUGCACUUUUUAAAACCAGGUUUUAAUUUCGUGUAAUGACUUCAGGUUUUGUAUGUUUUCAAAUAUGAUCAUGCACCAACAAAUCUAGAUCAGUGCAGUAGUUGUCUGGUUUUGACUUACACAUUAAAUUAUCAGCCUGUACAUUCCUUCAUUUGCUAAUGGCCAGUUAAAAUUGUUUUGAGACUUUUUCUGGCCAUGCAAACUGUUCAGUUACUGUAAAUGUAUUAUUCCUCUUCUCAACCCUUCUGAAUUAAUUGGAGUGGUGGCUUUAAAUUAUUUCUAUCAAUUCACACAAGCAAAUGGGAUCACUGUUUUAUUUUAGGCUGCAGUAGUGAAAACUUUGGCUGCUUGUAUUUGGCACUUUGGGUCUUGAAGUAAAGAGCACAAACAGCUGAAUUGGGAUACUUCUAUGAAAUGGGUUUAAGCCCUUCCUUAGGUAUUUUGUUUACAUGUAUGUAUUUAUACUGGUAGCUGUUUAAAGCUAGAAGAAAUUGUGAUCAUAAUUUGCCCCAAAAGAGCGAAGCAAUAUGUGUGUAGAAUAGAUCAGUUUACUGUGCUCUCUUACAAUAAAGAAAAAAAGAAACAAACCCCACAAAUACUUAGAAGAUUUAAACACUGAAUUUGAAAAGGCUUCAUGGAAUUCAGUCCUGAUGGAUUCACUGAGGGGAUACACAUGGUUUUCCCUGUGUUUUGGGGAAGUUUGUGAACUUCAGGCCUCUUAAACUCUUUUUUUUAAAGUGAAGUCUAACACCAGGAGUUGUCACAGCAUUGACUGUUUUUUUUAAUCAGAUGCCGUGCUGCUCCACACUUUCCACUGAUAUUUCUGUUCCAUAAUUUGCAUUAUGGCACUUUGUCUCAUAAGGGUUUACUCUGAUAUCAGCCGUGUCGAUAUAUUAUUAGUAUGUCAUAAUAAAAUCAACUAGACAAAA